CGGUCCAGCUUCUGGGGGCGCUGUCGUGGAUGGUACAGUGUUUUCAGCUGGAUGAGAAGGUAAAAGUUCACCCUGUGUAACGUGUCAGCAGGCUGUCACCACACCGGUGUCACUCUCCACCCGCCAGCUGCCCUCUGAUCCACACACAUCACCGUUACCCCGGCUGACCUCGACGCUAUCUCAGAAAAUGGCCAAGAAGCGGAGAGACAGACGAGAGACCGACGGACUGUCCUCGGCUCAGGAGGAGGUGAAGGCUAACGCUAGUGACCCACCACAAGUACAGAAAGAGGCCCCGCACACUGCAGGGGGCUCAGCACGCAUGUCUCUGCUGAUUCUGGUGUCCAUCUUCACCUGCGCUGCCUCAGUCAUGUACCUGGUCUACAGGAACUUCCCAGAGCUUCCUGAUGAUGAAAUGGAGAAAAUCAAGAUCCCUAAAGACAUGGAUGAUGCCAAAGCUUUGGGAACUGUGCUGUCCAAAUACAAAGACACAUAUUACACCCAAGUGUUGGUGGCCUACUUCGCAACAUAUGUUUUCCUCCAAACAUUUGCAAUCCCUGGAUCUAUAUUCCUCAGCAUCCUGUCUGGGUAUCUUUACCCUUUCCCACUGGCUCUUUUUUUAGUAUGCUUGUGCUCGGGCCUGGGUGCUUCCUUUUGCUAUUUGCUGUCAUAUCUGGUGGGCAGACCUGUGGUCUACAAGUAUCUCUCAGAGAGGGCACAAAAAUGGUCCCAGCAGGUUGACAAACAUAGAGAUCAUUUGAUAAAUUACAUCAUCUUCCUGAGGAUUACCCCAUUCCUCCCCAACUGGUUCAUCAACAUCACCUCACCUGUCAUCAAUGUGCCUUUGGGAGUUUUCUUCGUUGGUACCUUUCUUGGAGUGGCACCGCCAUCCUUUGUAGCGAUCAACGCAGGCACAACACUGUACAAACUGACCACAGCCGGCGAGGCUGUGUCCUGGAACUCUCUGGCUGUGCUCGGCGUGCUCGCUGUGCUCUCCAUCUUGCCCGUCUGCUUCCAGAAAAAGCUGCAGAAGAAACUAGAGUAAAGCGCUAAACACCUCAGCACCUCAUCGGCUGGCUGAUCGCAACGUCCCCUCCCCUCGGCUCAGGAACGUGCAGCUGUUGCUCAAGUUGCUCUGCCUCAGUCUCAUAAACAGCUGCUGGUGGGAGAAUCAUUGAUCACUGGCACGACAAGCAACUCAUUGACCACAAAAUGCAUGCAGUGGUGGGUUGUUACUGAAGUUAGGUGAAGUAUAAACUAGCCGCUGCCUGCACAAAUUUUGGUUUCGGUGAUUUAUGUUUAUUUGUGGCACAUCUUGUAAAUAAGAGAAACUGGAUUCUUUGUUUUUAUUUAAGGCACUGCUCAUUAUUGUAUUAUUCUUGUCAGACAAUUAAAGGUGCUACUUGUAGGAUGUUGAAGUAGAACAAUCUGAUACUUGGAUUUUUUUUUAAAAUGCUGGUACCAGUUGUUCCAUAUGGCCUACUUUUUAUCGCAAGAAAUUGUUUCUGUAUGGAACUGUAUUGCAAACAUCUGUGUCUCUUUUAACUAUUACAUUUUUUUCAUUUUACAGCAGCAUAUCAAUUACUACAUCCUGUUGGUAGCACCUUUAAGUUCCGCUUAAAUAUUAAUAUUUAUUUUAACAUGUGUCUAACUUGUGUCUAAUCUCAACACUAAUCAAGUAGACUGCCACAGCAAUAAUAAUAACAGCAAUGUCACACUACUGUUGAAAGGGGAUUUGGAAAAAAAAAAACAAUGUAAUGAUUGAACUUAGUAAGUGCUACUUUUGUUGACAUGUGGGUGAAUUCCUUUGUUCUUCCUUAAAAGGUGCCUGGAUCCACUGCCACACAAUAGCCCCCCCCCCCCUUUUUUUUGAUCUUUAAUGGCUUUAUUUAUAGAGUAGCUGAGGAGGUGUUAGGAAACAGGUUGAGCAAGAGGGGGAGUGGCACGCAGCAAAGGGCCCCAUGCCAGGAGUCGAACCCAGGUCCAACUGAGCAAAAUUUCAUUUUGGUUUAAUACGUUUGAAAAAAACCCAGACUGCUUUCUCCAGUUUUUUUGGUGUGUAUACAGAUUAUGUAUCUUAUAGUUUAAUAGACCAGUGUAUAACUGGAGAGACCAUAGGAUUACAUACCAGUGCCCUCAGAAAGACUGCCAACGGACUGAGGUAUCCAAGCCUUGCCUUCCUUUGUACUGCUUCCAUUCUUCAUCAGGAGAAAUGUAUCACGCUGCCUGAUUUAUGUUGUAUUUUUUGUUCUUUAAAUUGUUUUAAAUGGCUCAUGAUGUCCUUGGCUAUAAAAGCUUACUGAUUUGUUUUCAUGUAAAUGUUGUUAGAUUUUUUUGUUUUUGGCCUGUGUACAAAAUUAAGUUAUUGCUGCUGCUUAAAACACUUUCUGGAUGGUUUCCAGAGACGUUGAUGCAGUGAAUGUUAAUGCAGGCAACUUAUUUGACAGAAUUUUGGUGCAAGGUGCAAUAUGUAGGAAUUUUAGUUGAUAACAUUCAGAUUCUUACAUAUUGCACCUUUUAAUCUCUUAAAAUUGCACAUUUAUAGAAGCAGUGCAUUUUGUUAUUGGUGCGUUUUUUAAUUUUAAUGUCUUAUAAAUCAACAGAUUCACUGUGUACUGCUGUGAGAUUGUUAACUCCUCACACACAGAUCUGAAGCGACGACCUAAGCUUCAACUUGUGUGAAUUUUAAGUGGUAAGAGGAAGUAAAUGCUCAUCUGCUCGUAGGAAAUAAUUGUACUUCAUGUACUGUUGGGUUGUUUUUAUGGUUCUUAUGAGUGAGUUCCAUUUGUAUAGCUGAUUGUUGUUUUGAGAAAUGCAUCUUCAUUUAGUCAAGUGUUAAAUGCUAUAAACUGGUCUUAAUGAUGUUGUUUUUUUGUCAAUAUUUAAACAAAAGCUUGAUUUUCUUCUUUGAGGGUUUUUUUCCUCUCCAUUUGCUACAAUAUUUAAACCUAAACUAAUUCUAAACUUCACAAUGAACAUAUACUCAAAUUUGGAUAUAUCAUUGCUGUUUUCUUUUCUACAAUGAAAGAUGUAGUGCGACAAAACCUCUAACAUUUCAGAAAGCAGUAUUACUUUGUACUGAGCAGUGAUGUAUUGCAGUAUGAGGUGUUUACAGAUUGCAAAAUUCCUGUCCUAUCUAAUCGAGUUUAUGUUUUUUAAAAUAUUUAUUGAAUCAUUAAAUUUAUCUUUACAGAA